GUAAAUGUAGAUAAUGGACUUGUAGUAAUUAUAAACAAAUAGUGACCUUGAAUGGAGCAGCUGUCAAGUGAACCUAACCAACUAAACGAUGAAAUAAACACAUCUUAUUCAUUGAACUCUUCAUCAUGAGAUACGUGGAUUCGCAACUUGUAGACAAAAUGGAUGAGGCAGUUACACACUACAUGAAUUCCCAUCAAUCCAGUGAGAAUGUUCAUGUUGAUGCCAAUGGUCUAUCCCUCAAUGUCCAAGAUGAUGGGGGAGGAAGAGUGGUCACGGUCAUGCAUUCACAGAAUUUGCCAUCAUCACAAAUGUGCAGGCAAGUGUCUGUGGGGGAACAAGUGGGUGAUGGGCCAUGGGGUGAAGAGCUGCUGGACACGGAUGGAAGGUUGGCAGCACUUGUGGCACAUCUGGCGCAGCACUCAAAGGUGCCACACUACCAGACAUCCCAUCACAAGGUACCUUCAGUACGGGAUAUGGAAGCUUCUGUGAUCCUAGAUGCCCCCAUAAGGCUGUUCAAUGGACAAACCUUAGAUCAACAGAACGAGGCGAUAGUGGUGGAUGUCCCUCAGUUGGAUCCGCUGCCGCCUCUCCGGGAGAUGAAGAGGUGCCCGGAAACUGAUUGGUUCAAUAAUAAAACGAAGAAUAUCCUGAAAGAUGACAACACAAUGCUGACUGACUCGGACGGACCAGUGUUGGAGAUGGCAGGAGCUUCACCCGCCCAGCACAAGCAGCAGAACAAGAAGAGUCUACCGCACAAGAAGAGGAUAUCUAGGAAACUGAAGAGGAACACCGGGAGCAGCACGCCGCAGCAGGAUAUAGUGCUGAUAAACUGCAGUGAAGAGGUGCCACAGGAGGAGAUACUGCCAGAUAACUUCGUGUCUGCCGUACAGCAUCAGGAACACUUGCCCGAGGACACGCAUCACAUCUCCCACGAGGUUCGUCCCAUAUUCCUCUGCCAGUUGUGUGGCGAGUUCUACGGAGAUGAUCAGCUCAAGUUCUUCCAGCAUUUGAAGCAGCACUACGAACCCCAUACAACUAUCAUAAUCGAAAACCCUGUACCUGAUAUGGGCAUUGAAAAGAUGACCAACACAUGUAUAGUUGAUAAUGUAGCCACGCUGCCUGACUCUAUUGUGGAACUUUCACUCGAGAACACAGUCCCAAAAACUAUAUACCAGCCAAUGGACAAACAUAUUCUCUACACUUCAAGCGAUAAGACGCUCAACUACUCAAGCAAUAAGCUACAAUAUUCCAUGGCGAGUAUGGACAAGGAGCCUGUUCACCCAUCAGAAGCAGAUAAGAGUGAUUUGUAUGAUACACUGGAGUUGUAUCGCUUGAAGAGCCACAAGUCUUAUAAGAAGCAGAAACCGGAGAAUCAUAUCAAAGAAACAAAUAAUAGUGCCAAGUUGGAUGACAUGGGUGAGUUCAGCGAGCCCGAGGACCUGAUGGAGGGCAUCCACGUAUCGGUGGAGGAUGGCGGCGACCACUACGACCACAUCAUGCCGCACCUCACCGUCGACAACGGACAUGUGCAUCAGGAACACGUGCGACACUGGUAUAUGAGAAGUGGGAGCGGUACCGCGGGUCCCGCGGGUCCCCCGGGCGCCGGCUACUGCGACGCGUGCCCGGCCACCGCUCGGGACCCACUCUACUUGGCAGACACACACCCACCGGAGCCCCAUCAUCUUAAGGAUGAGAUAUUAAAGCGUAUCCUCGAAGUGGACGUGCCAACGGUGAGCACGAACUACACCAAUCACAUGUUAGAGGAGAACGAAGUACAGGAGCCCGAGCAGCCGCCUCUGGAGGCCGACACGAAGGCUCCGCAGAAGGCCGACAAGAAGACGAAGACGUUUGUGUGCGUGCAAUGCGGACGCGUGUUCCAGCACAAGAACAGUCUGCUGUACCACAUGCUGUCUCAUAGUGAUAGGCAGCAGGUCUGUAGGGAGUGCGGCAAGAGUUUCUACACUGCUACCGCUUUGAAGGUACACAAGCGUGUUCACAACGACGACCGUCCGUACAAAUGUGACGAGUGCGGCCGCGGCUUCAGGCAGUGGAGCGUGCUCAAGUACCACAAGAGCUCCAUACAUUCCAACCAAAAACACUUCAAGUGCGAGUUCUGCAUGAAGGAGUUCGCGCGCAAGUACUCCCUGAGCCUGCAUCGGCGGAUCCACACCGGCGAGAGGAACUACAAGUGCGAGUAUUGCAACAAGAGCUUCCGCGCCUCGCAUUACCGACUCAGCCACAUGCGCACGCACACAGGUGUCAAGCCAUACAAAUGCACCCAAUGUGACAAAUCCUUCCGAGUCACCGGCGAUCUUCGGCGGCAUCUGCUGACCCACGAGAAAAUGCGCAAUCGCCUCGAAGAACAGAAGAACAAGAAAGAACCAAAAGAAAAGAAGGCAUCAGCGAGCAAAGUCGACGUCAAAGUUGAAGCUCCUAUCGCAAAUGACGGGAACAAUGAGCAGACGCUGAAGGUCGUAAGGAAAGUCGCAGUAGCAUCUACAACUAGAGGUCCAAUUUUGAGGAACGUGGAUAAGAAGGCGAAACCGACAAAGAAGAAUCAAGGUAAAAAGGAAGGUGCCCCUAACGUUACCAUUGGUCAAAGAGCAGAGAACAUACAAUACAAAACAGAAUAUACAAAUAUUAACGCAGGUGCAUACGAUACAAGGCAAGAUGGUGACUACCAUAAGUUUAAAGAAGUUUACAACGACAAUGUUGAGUAUAGUAAAGAAGAUGGACUUGUUAGUUACAAAGUUAAAGAACAUUAUAACGGACAGAUAGUUGGGUAUAAAGAGACGGGUAUAGGUAUGAGCGAGACGAGAGACUUUGCUAUACUACGGCCUAUGUUUAAGAAUGAUCACGACAACGCAGCAGAGAAACAAGUGUACACAAGACCGGAGAAUACAGAUGGUAAGAUGCAGGUUUUUACACACGUGGAGAAAGGUAAGGACUACAACGGACCAAUAGUAGCUAAUUCGGCGUCUUUAGGAGAUAUGAGGCAUUUAGAUAGAGAGACAGGUAGAGAUUCAAGAAACGAUACGUUGCAUGGAGAGACGAUUGAGAACGGUUUCCUAGAGAGACUGGCUGGGCUCUACAACAUACCGGCUUUAUGAAAAUAGUAAUUAUUACUGAUUACAUUCAGUAAUUUUUUCCUCGUAAUAAUAUACAUAGUUUUAUUUAAUGUCGCUUAUAUUCUAGGAUGUGAAUAGUAUCUGCCUUUACACCUACGUUCUUUCACGCGUGAAUUAUGCGUGUUCUUUCACGCAGGAAAGAAUAAGCAUGUCAAUGUAAAAAAAGAACCAGAAAGAUCGCGCCCGCCGCCAUCUUCAAUCGUGCGUGUUUUAGCGCCUUUUUGUCGUAAUUAUCAUUGCAAAAUGGCGGACAUUUGACUAUGGACCAAAGACAAUUAUAGAGUUAUGUGAUAAUUUAUAUAUCUUAUAAUAAUUAUUAUUUAUAUAUUUGCUUGCUACAUAGUACAGUUUUGGACCUUAUUAAAAAAAGAAGUACAUGAUAUACAGCAACCCGUAGGGUAUGCAAAUAUUGAAAUUAAAUCAAUAUACAAUUUUGUCAUUACAUUUAUAAAUGGCGCUAUCCCACAAAUACAUGCAUUUUAAUAUUUAUAUUAAUUAAUUAAUGUCAGCUUAUUAAUAACAUCCAUUUUGCAUGAUUAAGUAAAAACAUUUAUCAGCCAUUUCAUUUAAUUUGUCUUUGAACAUUUUAAACAGAUUUGUAACUGUAGAGGUAAUUUAUUAUAGAUAUUU